GCUUUUGUCACUUGUCAUUUAUUGCCGUGUAAAAUAUCGUGUAAAAUUAUUUAAAAUUAUUUAUUAUUAUUCGAAAAAUUUGUCCUUUAUUUUUCACGAAAGCGAUCACGAUGGCUGAUGUUAAUUUGAAUGGAAAGCAUCCAGUGGAAAAAGAACGGCCAGUUGACAUGACAGACUGCGCUUUGAUGAAUGAACCAUCAACAUCGAAACAAGCGCUUAAAAAGCGCGGCCCAAAUUCAAAGAUAAUCAUAAAUGCAGGCACAACGACUGCUCCCCAAAAAGCGGAUCCAAUGCCAGCCGUAAAUGGGCCCCCAGAACUGGAGAAGCGAGAACCUACUAAAAAACCUAACACUAGACUACAAAAACGUUUGGCAGGCGAACAAACAGGUAAUGGAGCUCACACAGCUACUGAUCAAUCUUCCUUCUUAAUGUCAACCCUGAUAGAUCCCCAAGUCCAAAUAGAAACUACUCCGAGGCUUGAGGCUCCAAGCAAACCUAACACUAGACUUCAAAACGCUUGGAAGGCGAACAAACAGGUAAUGGAGCUCACACAGCUACUGAUCAAUCUUCCUUCUUAAUGUCAACCCUGAUAGAUCCCCAAGUCCAA